CUGCCCAAAUCUACUUUUUCCUUUUAUGUAGUGGUAGCAGGUCGGAACCGGCUCAACUUCCUCGACCUUGGUUGUGGUCGUUACGGCAGCGGUAACACUGAGCAUAGUUCUGGGCAUAUAACCAGUUCGCCAUCUUCUAUGCAUCCAGCCCCUAAUUCCUCAUCUACUACUGUCGCUCCUUACCGUCAUGCUUGGGUGAGUCGGACAGCCCAGAUACACUCCAUAGCUCCUAGGCCUGCUAGUGAGAAUGCUCAGCAUGAACGGUUUGGGCUAGAGCCUAUUCACAACUCUGUACAGAAAAAAGGCUCCAACACUGGCCGUGCUUGUGGCCAUGCGGGCGCAGAUCUUGCUGUUGACAAUAACAAUGGAAGAAGGGCACCGACUUUUUAUCCAGGCCAUAACAACAGCACCUCCAGUGUAGCAGAGAUUAGCUCUAGUUGGACAACGGCUCUCUCGCUGGGAGGCAUAUCAAGCGUACUGCUUAGCCUGCUAACUGGGCAACGCCAUCUUCCGUACAGAGAGUCCGGGCUAACUGUCCUGCUGCGGGAGACGAUCAUAGGACACGAGACUCAACCAUGCAUUCUUGCGCACGUUUCACCUGAACAGCAGCAUUAUACCGAGACUCUGCAGGUCACUAACAGUUAA